UGGUCGUGUUUUAUUAUGUAUUUUUCAAUUGGUGGAGCAACUUUUCACACAUUUUAAACACCAAUUCAAACAAAUUCAAAUGUAUUGUUAAAUGUUAAGCGGUCGAACCAAUUCACGCGGCCCAAAGUGUAUAGAAACCAUUCCGAUUCGACGACUAAACCGAGUUCUUUAUUUUCUAUGUAAAGCGUCGAAAAGCCGACAAGAUCAAGCCCAACACUCCGCCGGCAAGACGACAGCAGAAAAAACUUAUCAAGAAAAAAGUCCAUUAAACAGUACGAAACAAAAAUGUUAGCACGCAAAUAUCAACUGUGUCCACGUGCGCCGCCAAUCCACGAAAGGAUUGCUCUUCAGUGUGCCAAGAAUAUCAGCAAAUUGGCAGCUGCUUUGCCAAAACCUUGCACUCGGACCGGACAUCUGCCCGUGCUUGUGGAGCUACGGAACACGGAUGAGGAUGUCGUCUAUAGAUACCAGGUGAAUUUGCCCCCCAGCUGUGUUGACCGGGAUCGCCAGCAGAUGAAUACGGACGAGGCGAAGGCAUUGAGCCAACAAUUAAAUCUACCCUGUCUCGUUCAUGAUCGCAGCUCAAUUCCACAGGAUAUUGUACCGCUGACAACGGGCACGGAGAUGGAGACGGACACGGAGAUGGAGGCGGAGGCGGAGGCGGAGACUGAUGCCCCUCAGCUGGUCAUGAUGCAAGAUGCCGUCCAUGUGGUGCACAAUUGUCCCGGUCCAGAUCCCUAUGCAGUUUCACGGGAGACCAUUUCGACAUUCCAGAAUUGUGCUUAUGCCAUUGGUGCAUCAAAGAUGACACGAGAUCAUUUCAUGUCCACGUUGCACGAACAGCAGCCGAGUCCAAUGGAGUUCACCGUGUUGUGGGCUGACAAACAAACUGAGGAACAGGAUCAGCCUAUCGAUGCCGUUGAGAAUCAUGUGAAGCUGCAGCCGCAGCUGCAACCUCGCAAUGGAUACAACUUGCACCAACAACAACAACAGCAACAACAGGAACAACAACUAAUUCCACAUCAUCUUAAACGUGAUCAGCCUCAACAGAAGGUUCUUAAUGGUUACAAGCAUUCUCGUAAAUCUGUCAGAGUGCUAAGUCCUACUUCGAAUAACAAUGAUUCCAACAUCAUGUUGUAUCAGCAAAAGCGAGCUGGGAACAGUUUCGGAUUGUCUCCUCAUCAGAUAACGCCACGCGCCAUUAAUAUCCAGAAUGCUCAAAAUGUUAUCUCUAUUCCCAAUGCGCCAAAUGGUUACAAUCUUCACUUAGGUCAAAGUAUUCCAAAUGGUUUUAAUCAAACCAAUCAAUACGCUUACUGUGAUCCCCAGGAAUACGCUCGUCAGCAGUCGGAGCAAAGGGAAUACUUCAAUAUGCUCCAGAGCAAUCAACAGCAGCAAUUGAGACCGAUCUUUGGACAUAUGUCAUCUGGGAAUUCAUUUGAAUAUCAGCGCGAUUUGCAGCUGAGACAGAAUCUGGAACACGAACUAGAAAAUCAGAAACUUGUCGACCAACAAAAAUACAAGCGCAUGCUAGCGGACUCCUUGCUGACAUCGCAAACGCCUCCGGAACUGCAAUCGAUGUUCCAUUGGGACUGCUGUCAUCUGUGCCACACGGCAAUGAGGACAAUGCGCAAUGCCUUGGACCAUUACUUGUCAAGGACGCACCAGCGCCGGGUGGACUCCUGGCUAAUUCGUUAUAGCUUCGUAAAGGGUAAUCUAUCAGAGGAUAUGUUACGCCAUUUGCGCAGCUCCGGCCCAGCUGUCUUGCACUGUGAUCUCUGUGAUCUGAAGCUGACAUCGGUGAUUCAUGCUCGUCAGCAUUUCUACGGACGUCGGCAUCGGCUCGUGGAGCGGCAUAUUAGUAAGCCCAAUGGUGAGGGCUACUACGACAAGACGGGGCGCUGGGUGCGUACCAAUGACAAGUGGCUGAUGUGCAAGCUUUGUGACGUCAUUGUCACCUCGGAGUCUCAGCUGGCCAUUCACAUGGCCGGUGUGCGUCACCGCAAGCGAGAGCGUUCCACGUGUGCAACAUCCCUAUCGGAAUCGUUCGAUGGCAGCCAUGUUUAUCGCAUCAAUCCCAAUGGCUCGCUUGCCCCACUCAAUCCACUGGGGUACUAUAUGUACGCCGGCUGUGGCAAGCAGGAUGUACGCAAGUUUAACGAUCUAAAUGCCGCAUAUUAUUGUGAGGUGUGCAACAUCACGCUCAACCAUCUCAAGUCGGUCAAACAACACGAGGAGGGACGCACACAUAGGAAGAGGCUGGAAAGGGUCACGCAGGCGGAGUAUGUGUGAAUCUUCAAUUACGUCUUCGUUUUCGUCUCCCUUUUGCAUACCAUACCAAUAAUAAUUUCAAUAAUAAUUUGAAGCUGAAUCUGAAACUGGAGCUGAAGUGAGACCCAACAGCUCCCCAUAACUGGCCGUGUACUGUGCCGUAUUAUUAACAAUUUAUUUUUGAACUAUAUAACUUUUUCAUAUGUUGUAUAACUAGUAUUUCGUAUAAUAUAUAUACAUAUAUACGUAUUGUACCUUUAUUUUAAA